GUUCUUCCAUUGAACUGCGAUUCCAAAUUCGAAAAGCAGAAAAGCUCUUUCGAAAGUUGCAAUCGAUUUGAUCGUACAAAAAAGGCGACACCGGAGAUACUGCCCUCCGACGACAAUGAUCUACAGAGGAUAUGGAGAUGGGAGUGAAAUGGGACCUAAGAGACAGAGAAUGAUUGAACAAGCUCCUCCUCCAGUAACAUUCUACGGACCUCAUCCCGGUUCCGCCUUUAUGUUUAACCCCUACGGAUUCGUUCCUCCUCUUCCUGUUUUCCCUGUGGUUCGACUCCGUGGUCUGCCCUUUGACUGCGCUGAGCUGGACGUUGUGGAGUUCUUCCGUGGCUUAGAUGUGGUUGAUGUCUUGUUUGUCCACAAGAACAAUAAGGUCACUGGUGAAGCCUUUUGUGUUCUUGGCGUUCCUCUCCAGGUCGAUUUCGCGUUACAUAAGAACAGGCAGAACAUGGGGAGGAGAUAUGUGGAGGUUUUCAGGAGUACUAAGCAGGAGUACUAUAAGGCUAUUGCUAAUGAGGUUGCGGAGUCUCGUGUCCAUUGUACGGUUACUGCUGGUGGUGGGAGCGGUGUAAAUGGUGGACAUUCGCCUCGUAGAAACGUGCAGAGGGCUAGAUCGAGUGAUGAUGGCCAAGGGAAUGCUGACCAUACGGGUAUCUUGAGAUUGAGAGGAUUACCUUUCUCGGCGGGGAAGGAAGACAUACUUGACUUCUUCAAAGAUUUUGAUCUGUCUGAAGACUCUAUUCAUGUUACCGUCAACGGUGAAGGGAGACCCACUGGAGACGCGUUUGUAGAGUUUGGGAGCGCUGAAGAAUCCAGAGCUGCGAUGGUCAAGGACAGGAAGAUGCUCGGGAGCCGGUACAUAGAACUGUUUCCUUCUUCGGUUGAAGAGUUAGAGGAUGCACUAUCAAGGGGAAGGUGAUCCACCACGCUUGUCAUGGUACUUUCUUUUCAUUAAUGGUUGUCAGAAGAUCACAACUUCGACGCAUUAGUGAUUUACUGGUUUCGGUUUUGAUGUACCGUCUGGUCAGAGUACACUACUAGUUUUACCCUUUCUUUAGAUUCUGCUGUGUUCUGCAUCACUGUCGUAAGUUUCGAAUCAAAUAGGUCCCGAAUCCUCUUUUGAUUCACUCCCGUUGCUCCCUAUUGUGGCUUUUGAUUCAAGCCUUGUUGGAUUGUAACAUUAUUAGGCUUUUGCUGAAAGUUGUGGGAAUAGUAAUGAUCUUGAUUGAUGCUCUCUUCUGUGAGACUAGUGGUUAAAACGACAGAGACCUUGAAGAGAUCAAUGGUUUUGGAUCUUUUUGUGGUGUUGAUGUAAAAAAGACUGAGAAAAGUUAUUUGUCCUCAUUGAUCUUUUGGUUCGGUGAGUAAAACGAUAAACAGUAUUGAGCA